AUGUACCUGAUGUACUACCUUGAGGACAACUCGCCCACCGCCAAGCGAGUGUACACUCUGGCGAAGGUGGAUCCGUUCGGGCGGCCAACGAUCUCGGCGCAUCCAGCACGCUUUUCACCCGAAGACAAGUACGCCCGUGAGCGAAUCAUCAUCAAGAAGCGUUUCGGCUUGCUUCUAACGCAGCAGCUGCAGCAGCAUUCUUCCACCUAG